GCCCGCCAAAAAUAAAUAAUGGAGAAAAAACACUAAUGUGUGGCGAUUGUGGAGCUCCGAUGGAAAAUAAAUAACGGUCUGAGGAAAAAAACACUGCUGUGUGGCGAUUGUGGAGCUCCGAUGGAAAAUAAAUAACGGUCUGAGGAAAAAAACACUGCUGUGUGGCGAUUGUGGAGCUCCGAUGGAAAAUAAAUAACGGUCUGAGGAAAAAACCACUUCUAUGUGGCGAUUGUGGAGCUCCGAUGGACAAUCUGAGGGAAAAAAAAACACUUUUGUGUGGCGAUUGUGAUGCUCCGAUGGACAAUCUGAAAACCCCACUUUGGUGUGGCGAUUGUGGAGUUCCGAUGGACAAUCUGAGGGAAAAAACCCACUUUUGUAUGGCGAUUGUGGAGCUCCGAUGAACAGCAGAAGUGUCUGAAGCAGAAAAUCGCGGAAUUAUGGAAGAGUUUGCGCUGGAAAAGGCUUUUAAAGGUGAGCAAAGCCAAAUUCCCGGAGUUUGAAGGGAAGAGCAGGAGCGAUACAAUCCAAACUCCCCCAGUGCUGGCAGCAGGAUGGUUUUCUGUGACACCAGGAUGCUGUUUUGAGCUUUUGGUGUCAGCCACUUUGAUUUCAGCAGGCAGAGGCUGCUCCUCACCUUCAGGGCAGCUUUGUGCUCCAGGAGCUCUCCAGACACCCCGCCAUCCGUGGGUUCAGUGCCCAGGUGAACCAGCAGAGUGACCCCACGCAGCAGCCCCUGCCCUGCCAGGCUGGAUUCCCAGCUCUGGAAGCGUCAGGACCUCAGCUUCCCUGGUGUAUUUUCCUGCCUGACAAGCUCUUGUUUACAAGCUGGAGAGCAAAGAAAGCCCUGAAGAAUCAAAAAUUGUGAAAAAAUUGAGAGUCUGCUGGUGUUACCUGCCCUGUUUGCUGCCUGAGGAUAAAGUGUGAAUGUUGUUCCCCAGUUGGAUCAGCGUUACCCAUUCCCUGCUUGUGUGGGCAGCGACUGCAGCAGAGAGGGGCAGCAGCGAUCAGAAAGGAUCCAGGCAGCCCCUGAGCCUUUCCUGCAGGGCUGUGAGGGAGAGGGAGAAAGGGAAAAGCUCCCCAAACAUCAAGAGCUUUCCAGCCACAUGUGCGUAAAAAUCCCUUCCCGUGCCACGUGACCGAGGAAGAGGCACAGAUCCAUUACACAAUAAUAAAAAUAUGCCUUUGGCAACACGGAGCCAAAGUGGAGCUGCUGCAGGGAGCACAAACUACGCACGAGAAGGAGUAAAACGGGAAUAAAAAGGACCAAAGUCAAUCCUGCACAGCCCUCCCAGGACCUGCUGUGGCAGGACGGGGCUGUGGAUCUGCAGCAAAACAUCUGCCUGAAGCCCUGGGGGCUGCCAGCGCCUGUCAGGAUCUCACUGAGGAGAUCAGGCUGGCUGUGCCAUGAUCUCGGCUGUGCUGCUCCUCUGGACCGUGCCCUGCGUGGCAAACCACAUCCUGGGGGGCUUUGCCAAGCGGGAGCUGCAGGAGGGUGCCCAGCUGGCCUGCAGCCUGCCAGGGCCCCCCGGGCCCCCCGGGCCCCCCGGCGUGCCCGGCACCCCCGGCACCGUGGGCAGGAUGGGCUUCCCGGGCAAGGACGGCAAGGACGGCCAGGACGGGGACAAGGGCGAGCACGGCGACGAAGGUCCCCAGGGCAGAACAGGAAACCCUGGCAAGCCAGGCCCGAAGGGGAAAGCAGGAGCCAUUGGCAAGGCAGGGCCCCGGGGGCCCAAGGGUGUCAAGGGCAAUCCCGGGAAGAACGGGGCCCCGGGGAAGAAGGGGCCCAAAGGGAGCAAGGGGGACCCGGGGCUGCCGGGACCCUGCAGCUGCGGUGGCAGCAAGGCCAGGUCUGCCUUCUCGGUGGCCGUGUCCACCAGCUACCCCAGGGAGAGGCUGCCCAUCAAGUUCGACAGGAUCCUGAUGAACGAGGGAGGACAUUACAACGCUUCCAGCGGGAAGUUCAUCUGCAGCAUCCCAGGGAUUUACUACUUCACCUACGACAUCACCUUGGCCAACAAGCACCUGGCCAUCGGCCUGGUCCACAACGGCCAGUACCGCAUCAAGACUUUUGAUGCCAACACUGGGAACCACGACGUGGCCUCUGGAUCCACCAUCCUGGCGCUGAAGCAGGAGGAUGAGGUGUGGCUGCAAAUCUUUUACUCGGAGCAAAAUGGGCUCUUUUACGAUCCCUACUGGACAGACAGCUUAUUUACUGGAUUCUUGAUUUAUCCUGACCAAGAUUAUCUCAAUGAAGUGUAGGAGGAGAAACUGUGGGGGAAAAAUAGGAAAUGGGCCUCAGUCCAACAAAGUAUGGCUUUACGAGGGACAUGCCUGGGAUUAUCAGAUGAUUCCACAUUUGCCCAUGGGAUUAUCAGCUGAUUGCACCCUGUAUGGCUUAUUUAGACUUUUCCACAGGGUACCAGGCUUUCAGCAGCCUCAUGAAUGUCUCCAUCCCAAAGCCACCCAUUCUGUAUUCCAUGACUAUUCCAACAUGCCAUGGACGUGUAACUCAAAUAGUGGUGCAGAAUGCUUUGGUUAUUGCAUUGUUAUAAUAAAGCAUGGAAGCCAA